GCGCGCGCGCCUUCUUCCUCGCGCACCCACCUCUCCUGAGUGAAAGAUGUGCGCGUGAGGACCUCUGCUGUACUGGAUACUUAAAAAAAAUGACUUUUCUACUCAGAAUCUGCCUCAGUUUUGCAUUAACGGGACUAACAUUAACCGACACCGAGCAUCCUAACCAAGUGGUUCUCCUGGACACCACAGCUGUAUUGGGAGAACUUGGCUGGAUGACCUACCCAGUAAACGGGUGGGACGCCAUCACAGAGAUGGAUGAGCAGAACCGGCCCAUCCACACCUUCCAGGUGUGCCACGUAAUGGAGCCAAACCAAAACAACUGGCUGCGCUCGAGUUGGAUCGCACGCCAGGAGGCACAGAGGAUCUAUAUUGAGCUGCGCUUCACGCUGCGCGACUGUAACAGCAUCCCAUGGGUAUCGGGGACAUGCAAAGAGACCUUCAACCUGCACUACCUGGAGACCGACGAGCCUCACGGCCACUUCCGUCCCUCUGACUAUGCCAAGAUAGACACAAUUGCAGCUGAUGAAAGCUUUACGCAGACAGACGUGGGCGAGAGAGUUCUCCGGCUGAACACGGAGGUGCGUGAACUCGGGCCUGUGCGCACCAAAGGCUUCUACCUUGCCUUCCAGGAUGUGGGCGCAUGCAUCGCUCUGCUCUCAGUGCGCGUCUACUACAAGAAGUGUCCGUCCACGCUGAGGAACCUGGCCGCCUUCCCUGAUACGGUGCCACGUGUCCACUCGUCUGCUCUGGUGGAGGUGAGGGGAGCCUGUGUGAUGAACGCUGAAGAGCGAGACACGCCACGACUAUACUGCAGUGCCGACGGGGACUGGCUCGUCCCACUGGGCAAGUGUGUGUGCAGCGUUGGCUAUGAAGAGAGUGAUGGCCUCUGUCUGGCCUGUAAAGCUGGUUUCUACAAGGCCUUCGCAGGUAACAUCAAGUGCUCUAAGUGCCCUCCACACAGUUUCAGCCACUCAGAGGCGUCGGCUCUGUGCCCCUGUGAGAAAGGCUACUACAGAGCGGGCAAAGACCCACCCAGCACCGCCUGCACACGACCUCCCUCACCUCCACGUAACGUGGUGUACCUCAUGAACGAGACGGCACUGUUCCUGCAGUGGGCUCCGCCCAGCGACACGGGCGGCCGGAAAGACGUAACCUACAACGUCCUUUGCCAGCACUGUAGCGUCGAAGGCCAGGCCUGCCAACCGUGCAAUGGUGACGUGCGCUUCGUGCCGCCGCCCAUGGGCCUGACGCGCACCUCCGUCGCCGUGCAGGACUUUGUGGCCAACUCGAACUACACGUUCCAGAUUGAGGCAGUUAACGGAGUGUCGGGAAUGGGUCGAGCGGCGAGGCAGAUGGCCAACAUCAGUGUCAGCACCGCACAGGCUGGUCCGUCCUUGGUGGCAGCAGUGAAGAAGGACUGGGCCACUCAGAGCACCAUCGCCCUUUCCUGGCAGGAGGCCGAUCAGCCUCACGCUGCCAUCCUGGACUAUGAGAUCAAGUACUACGAGAAGGAGCAGGAGCAGCUGAGCUACUCGUCCACUCGCACUAAAGUUCCCAGCACGAUCAUAACAGGCCUCAAGCCGUCCACGAUCUACGUGUUCCACAUCCGAGCUCGCACAGCCAAUGGCUACAGCAGCUACAGCUCCAGGUUUGAGUUCACCACAGGCAGCGAUGAUUCAGAGGAAGUGUCUGAUCAGGGCCAGGUAUUGGUGAUUGUUACUGCAGCAGUCGGGGGCUUCUCUCUGCUUGUCAUCCUGACGCUUUUUCUGCUCAUCACGGGCAGGUGCCAGUGGUACAUCAAAUCCAAGAUGAAACCACAGGACAAGAGAAGGACACAGUAUCAGAAUGGACAUGUGCCGUUCCCGGGAAUAAAGACGUACGUCGAUCCGGACACUUAUGAGGAUCCGACUCAGGCUGUUCACGACUUUGCGAAGGAGAUCGACCCGUCUCGCAUUCGUAUAGAGAGAGUCAUCGGAGCUGGUGAGUUUGGGGAAGUGUGCAGUGGUCGUCUCCGCACUCCAGGGAAAAAGGAGAUCCCUGUGGCCAUAAAGACCCUAAAGGGUGGCUACACAGAGCGUCAGAGGCGGGACUUCCUGCGAGAGGCCAGCAUCAUGGGACAGUUCGACAACCCCAACAUCAUCAGACUGGAGGGCGUGGUCACAAAGAGUCGUCCUGUGAUGAUCGUGGUGGAGUACAUGGAGAACGGCUCACUGGACUCUUUCCUAAGGAAGCACGACGGACACUUCACCGUCAUCCAGCUGGUCGGUAUGCUGCGCGGCAUCGCCUCCGGUAUGAUGUACCUGUCCGACAUCGGCUACGUCCACCGGGACCUGGCAGCCCGGAACAUUCUGGUGGAUGACAACCUGGUGUGUAAGGUGUCGGACUUCGGCCUGUCCAGGGUCCUAGAGGACGACCCAGAGGCUUCCUACACCACAACAGGAGGGAAGAUUCCCAUCCGUUGGACGGCUCCGGAGGCAAUCCAGUACAGGAAGUUCUCCUCAGCCAGCGACGUCUGGAGCUACGGCAUCGUCAUGUGGGAAGUUAUGUCUUAUGGAGAGCGGCCAUACUGGGAGAUGUCCAAUCAGGAUGUGAUCCUGUCCAUAGAGGAGGGCUACAGGCUGCCGGCACCCAUGGGCUGCCCCGUGGCUCUGCACCAGCUGAUGGUUCACUGCUGGCAGAAGGAGCGCAGCAGGCGGCCUCGCUUCCACGACAUCCUCACCUUCCUGGACAAGCUCAUCCGCAACCCCAGCAGCCUCCUCACGCUGGUGGAGGAUGUGCACAGUUUACCCGAAUCCCCAGAAGACCUGCCUGACUAUCCUCUCUUCAUUUCCAUCGGCGACUGGCUGGACUCCAUCAAAAUGAGUCAGUACAAGAGCAACUUCAUAGUGGCAGGAUACACCACUCUGGACUCCAUCUCCAGCAUGAGCAUCGACGACGUCAGGAGGAUCGGCGUGUCUCUGAUCGGCCACCAGAGGAGGAUAGUGAGCAGCCUACAGACACUGCGACUGCAGCUCCUGCACAUUCAACAGAGCGGUUUCCACGUAUGA